ACACUGUGUCAGUCGCCGGCCAGUGCCUUGCGAUGCGCGGCCGAGGUCGUUUGUCUGUGUUGUGUUAGAGUUUAGUACAUCCAUGAGACGGCCGUGUCGAAGUGCAUGUGGAUUCGCAGCCAUCGCGCUCCGGUGAAGGCUGCCAAGAUGGGUUGCACCAGAGAGAUUUGCACUGCUGAGAAGAUCUUCAUAUUCAUCAAUAUAGCGUUCGCGAUGUACGCGGGCGCGCUGCUGGCCACGGCGGCGCGGCUGGCGUGGGACCCCAGCACUUACACGUGGUUCCGCUUCCUGUGCGCCGCGCAGUACCGCGUGUCGGCCGCCUACGUGCUGGCGGCGGGCCUGUGGCUGGCCGCGCUCGUGUACCUGGCAGCGGCCGCCGCGCACCGCUCCGCCUCGCACUCGCACUGCCUGCAUCUCUACGCGGCGGGCGUGGCGUGCCUCGGGGUGAGCGAGGUGGGGUACGGCGCGUGGAUGGGCGUGUCGCUGGCGGCCUGGUGGCGGAGCGCCCCGCAGGCCGAGCUGGCGCGGCGCGGCAUGGACCUCAUGCACGACAUCAAGCCGGCGCUGCUCGCCUUCACGCGGUACAAGGACCUCGUGCGGCCCCUCUACGACAUCAUCGAGGAGAUGGAACGGGAGGCGCCCAACAACGCCUUCGUGAUCAUCGUGUUCGGGGUCGUGGGAGCCGCGCUGCAGGUGGCGGCGUUCGUGAUGGCGCGCAUUCUAGCGCGACGGGCGGGCGAGGCGGCCCGCGCCCCCCGGCCCCCCGCCGCGCCCGACGCCGCCGAUGACAGCGACGCAGCGGACGAGCCGCCUCCCCCGCACUGGAGGAAGGACGCCAAUCUCCGCAUGUACACCAUACUCGACAAGAUUUUCUAGCAGGAGGAUGAAGGAGACGUGCGUCGCCUCCCCCCGCCGUCCCCGUCCCCUGCUCCGCCCCCCGCCCCGCCCGGAGCGCCCCCGUACGUCGCGGCCCUGGGACCGGUCCCUGAGCGAGCGGGGUAGGGCGGGUCUGUAGUGUCGCCCCGACCAGAUAUCUGAUGCUCUAGCGAGAUGCAAUCGAAUGCACGAUGCAGGUUUAGUUGGAAAAAUAACAAUUCAUCUUAGUAUCUUCUUCGGCUUUCUGGAGCGGUGGACAUAAUUUAAAAUAAUUGUUACUGUGUAAUCUCGCGUUCGUUGUGUUUAUACAUUAAUAUUUCGGACGUUUCCUGCAUGAAAUGUGUGAAAUAGUUAUGAAAUAGUCAUGUUACAAAUCGUACAUAAUAAUGCAAAGUUAUUGUUGCAGAUUUAAUACAAGAUGUUAUGCAUAAGCGUAUGUAAUCCUAAUAAUUAUUUAGUUGUAAGUUUGACUUUAACACGAAUUAAAUGAGCAUUUCAAUAUUUUCUAUCGUAACUGUUGUAGCAGGGAGCCUCACACGGGAUGCCGCGAAUCUUACACACACACGUGCACACACACACGUGCACACAUACACACGUGCACACACACACACACACACGUGCACACACACGCACGUGCACACACACACACGUGCACACACACAUGUACGAGCACACACACAUGUACGUGCACACUCGUAUAUACACGCAAAAGCGAAAUUUCACACAAAGUGGUUUCAAUUCUCAUUCUUUUUUCAUUCAGAAAGCUCCUACACCUUCACAUGGAUCAAUAGAAAAGUUUAAAUUGUUGGCACACCAGAAUAUUGUUAAAAUAGAACAUUUCCAAUAUUUAAAAAUAUAAACUGAACCAUAGGAUAGGAUACAGCAUAACUUGUUCUUAUUGAUGUAGCUUGUUUACUGUAAAAACAGAAUAAAUAACGAGCGAUCGGACACAAGCGACAAUCCGCAUCAGUGUGCUUAGUGCGAGUUUUUUAACGUUCUCGAUAGCGUAAACGUUAACCCAAUUUUGUAUGCAGUUGGAACAGCGCCUCUAGCGGCAAACGUAGGCAAACGAUCCCAUUCCAUACAAAUAUGAGCUGACUUUUACGCUAUCGAGAACGUUAAAAAACUCGCACUAAGCACACAGUUCACAAUUCACUUGACACGAUAAACCACUCGACUCCACUACAAGAUCAUAACGCCGACUAAAAUGGUAAUUUGAACUGUGGUAGGACAAUGAUAUGUCGAGAUGACGCUGAGCGAGCAACCGUCUGAGGCUCCGCGCUGGUUCGUGUCCCCCUGACUGUCCCCCCGGGCACACAGUCGAGCAAUACACGGAACAUUGUGUGACUGCCAAGUAGUUAGUUCAUAAGUACGGCGUAAGCCACGUAGUUUUAAGUACGAUCGAUGUAAGCCAUAUUAUUGUACGUGUAAGCCGGCGCUACACACUGCGGCUACGGCUCUGCAACUGUAGCUGACCCCGGCCGCGUAGAGCCGCCCGUGCCGAUGUCCGCAAACAUUCCUACGCGCGAGACGUUGCCAUAUGUUAUAGUGUUGUACGUUGUAAGUUGUUAAGGAGGGAGAAAGGUUGUUCGAUAUCAGGUGCCAACAGAGAGGAGGGUGCGCCCGCCGCCGGGCCGCAAGGACGCGACCCGGGUCGGGCCUGUGGGGCGCACUCAGACCAAUAAACAUUUUAUUUUUUUAUAAA